AUCAAACAAAGCCCUUGCGGGAACCUGUAAGAGCGAGAAUGAGGGAGAGAGAGAGAGGCCGAGAGAGUUUCAGGGUUGCAGGUACCGGACACCGGACUAGGACCAGGCGGACAGUACUGGGCAGAGAGUUCAGCCGGCACAGAGGAAGAAGUCGACAAGGAGGGGUGGACAGGGCAGAACAGAGGGCGUGGUAUGGGAAGCAGAGGGCAGAACAGAGGGCGUGGUAUGGGAAGCAGAGGGAAUAUAUGGAAAGGGGAUAUGAUGUGGGAAUGUUCAAGCAAGCAACUGCCUUCUUCUUCUCCAACAUUCCCAAUGACUGGAGCGAAUCUGAAAUGUGGACAGAAUUUGCAAAAUUUGGCAGAGUAUACGCAAUAUACAGCCCUCCAAGAAGAAACAGAAAUGGAAGAAGGUUCGGCUUUGUCAGAUAUCUCAACGUUAAGGAUGAGAAGGAACUAGAGAGGAAACUUGAUCAGAUCCGAAUCAGGGGCCACAAGAUAUGGGUUAACAUAGCCAUGUAUCCUAAGGAGGAAGUUAAAGAAAGGGAGACAAGGAGAAUUGUAACCACAAAUAUGGUUGUUGCAGGAAAAUCAUAUGCAGAUGCAGUAAAAGGGAAGUUGGGAAGGGCUCCACAAAAAGCAGAGCAUAUACAAGCAGAGAAGAGGCCGAAGUUGGACAACCAGACAGCAAAGAGCAGAUGCAACAAUACACCCAGCCAGCAAAACACUAGACAAACGUGGAAACUCAAAAGCAAACAAGAAGAAUGGUCAGGAAUUGAGUACAACGUCAAAGAAGAAGAAUAUGAGUGGCUGCGUGGAUGUUAUGUGGGCAUUGCUCACUCAGUGGAAAUAGUGCCAAACCUUCAAGAAAAGUUUUAUAUGGAAGUGGUGGCAAAUGAAAGAUUUGUUUGGAUGAGAUGCUUAGGAGCACCAAUUCAUGCUUGGGGGCCAGAUUUUUUUGAGAAUAUGGCUAAUGCAUGGGGCAAGUUUAUAUGUCUGGAUGACAGCACAAGCAAGAGGAGGAGGUUCGACAUAGCCAGAUUCCUUAUAUCGACGUUGAUAAUGGAUUUAAUCUCGGUUAAGAGGCAGAUCAAAGUUAAUGGAGUCUUCUACAAUCUGAAAUUUUCGGAAGAGGAAAUGACUAAUAGUCUAUUCUCAUUAAGGUAUGAUUUUAUGCCAAAUUUUAAGAGUGAUUCUAGCUCUAAAGAGUCAUGGUCGGAGGGAAGCGAUGAUGAUGAGGAGCUGGGAAGCAAAUUCAGUGCAGAAGAUAACGGAAAUAUCGACGGAGAAGAAGAAGAUGUCAGAGGGGAACAGGAGUUAAAUGAGCUGGACAAACGGUCGACCAACACUCCGUCUGACAAAGCAAAAUUUGAAAUGAAGGGCAUGGGUGAGUUUGAAAUUGUGGCAGAGAGAGGUGGCGUGAAUCAGUGGAGAAGAUUUGACAGGAUCACAUACAGCCAGUUGGGUGAGGAAGAAUCAGUGGAGAUGGUGGCGGACAGUAUGGAGGGGCUUCUAGAAGCAAGUGACAUGGGGAGUGGUGAAGAGGUGGGGCUUUGUAAAUUGGACUUUAAGAGUAGGACAACAACGGACUCAAUAGAGAACACGGAAGAAUAUGAUUUGGGCCAAAGGCUAAAGCCCAUAUUGAAAGGCUUGGGUCCAAUCCAUGAAGAAAAUGAAGAAGGAGACAAGGAUGUGAGGGCCCCAUCGGAUUCAAAAACCAGCACCCAAGUGGGAGAAAAGGGGGAUUUGCUGGGAAUAUCAAGAAAUGAGGAAAGAAGGGACCACCAGCAAAUUUGCAUGGCAGGGGGAUCAGUGGGAGACAGUGGAAUAGAGAACUGCAACAGGAUGCUGAAGGAGCAAAGUAGCCAGCGGACAACAGCAAAAGGGAUUGGAGGUGCUGGGAAGAAGAGGUAUAUUAGAGAUCUAGUAGUAAAGGAGAGAGUGGAUUUUUUAGCAAUUCAGGAAACAAAAUUAGCAGGAGUGGAUAAAAAAAUUUGUAGAGCAGUGUGGGGGUCUGAAGAUUUUGAGUGGGUUGCCAAGGAUGCUUGUGGAAUGUCGGGUGGCAUGCUUUGUUUGUGGAACCCCAAAGUGCUCACCAUGUCCAGAAUAAUAGAGGGAGAAAACUUUAUAGGCAUAGAAGGAAUUUGGGGGACAGAGGCGACCCCAGUGAGCAUAAUUAAUGUAUAUUCCCCAUGCCAGUUAUCAGGGAAACGAUCCUUAUGGGAGGAAUUGAAAAAACUGGUUUCCGGUAGAGGAGGUAAUUGGUGUAUUGCAGGUGAUUUCAAUGCAGUAAGAAAGACAGAGGAAAGAAAAGGGAGCAGGGGUAUAAGCAGUGAGAUGAGAGAGUUUGACAGUUUCAUAAGAGAAGCAGAUUUGAUUGAUAUCCCGUUAGUGGGCAGAAAAUUUACGUGGUAUCAGGCUAGUGGGCAAUAUAUGAGUAGAAUAGACAGAUUUCUACUUUCUGAAGGGUGGCUGUCCAAAUGGAGUGAUACCAGACAAUGGGGUUUAAGAAGAACAAUAUCAGAUCACUGUCCAAUCCUACUCAAAUUUCAGCAAGUAGACUGGGGACCUAAACCAUUCAGGUUCUUUGAUGCUUGGCUAAAAAUGGAAGGUUGUAGGGAGCUAAUAAGAGAGGUAUGGAGCAAAGCAGAAAUCGAAGGAUGGGCAGGGUACCGCCUCAAAGAAAAGAUGAAGUUGACAAAGGAGGCGCUAAGGAAAUGGAGCAAGGACUCAACUUUGGAUAUUGAGAGAAAGAUAAGCAAUGCUGCAGCAGAGAUAGACUGGAUUGAUAGGAAGGGGGAACAAGAGCAGCUGACGGAAGAAGAAAUCAAGAAAAGAAGAGAGGCCACAAUAACCCUAUGGGAAAAUAUGAAAAGAAAGGAAAGUAUGAUCCAACAGAAAUCAAGGAAGACAUGGUUAGCUCACGGAGAUGCAAAUACAAAGUUCUUCCACAAGUGUGUAAAGGGGAGAUGGAGAAGAAAUGAGAUGAGUAGCAUACACAUAAAUGGAGUCCAGUUAAAGGAAGCUAGCAGAAUAAAGGACGAGCUUGCUGGUUUCUUUGAGGAGAUGUUUAAGGAAAAACAGAGGGUUAGGCCAAAGUUGGGUGGGGUGAGUUUCAAACAGAUUUCACAAGAAGAUAAUGAUUUCAUAAUUGGACCCUUCAGUGAAAGUGAGAUCAAGGCAGCAGUGUGGGAGUGUGAUAGCUCGAAAGCGCUAGGCCCUGAUGGGUUUAACUUCAAGUUUAUCAAGUGCGAAUGGGAGCUAAUUAAAGAUGAUGUGAUUAGAUUCCUACAGGAAUUCCACAAGAACAGCAAGAUGGUGAGAGGACUCAACACAUCCUUCAUUGUACUGGUCCCCAAAUCGAACAAUCCACAGAAGAUAGAGGAGUAUCGACCCAUCUCUUUAAUUGGAGUCAUGUAUAAAAUCCUAUCCAAGUUGCUAGCCAACCGCUUAAAGAAGGUGCUGCACCAGGUAGUGGGAGAACAACAGACGGCUUUUUUAAGUGGAAGGCAGCUGAUGGAUGGAGUUUUGAUUGCUAAUGAGGUGAUCGACGAAGCAAAAAAGAAGAAGAGGAAAACAAUUAUGUUUAAGAUUGACUUUGAAAAGGCCUACGAUAAGGUUAGUUGGGAAUUCCUGGAAUAUAUGAUGCAAAGGAUGGGAUUCUGUGACAAGUGGAGGAAGUGGAUCGGAGAGUGCUUAAGAACAAGCCUUGUAUCAGUUCUGGUCAAUGGUAGCCCAACAAGACAAUUUAGUGUCACAAAAGGUCUUAGACAAGGAGAUCCCCUAUCACCCUUCUUAUUCCUAAUCAUUGCGGAAGGUUUAAAUGGGCUGGUAUCCAAUGCAACUCAAAAAGGAUUGUUGGAGGGAGUCAAAGUGGGAAGCAGAGGUUUGAAAUUGGCACAUCUUCAAUUUGCAGAUGACACAAUCCUAUUUGGAGAAGCUUCUGAGAAAAAUGUCCUAGCAAUGAAAGGAAUUUUGAGAGCAUUUGAAAUAGUCUCUGGACUUAAGGUCAGUUUUAACAAAAGCCAACUGAUGGGAGUCUGUGUACAAGAGGAAUGGUUGGAUAGAAUGGCAUGGCUGCUGUGCUGCAAAAAAGGAAGCAUGCCGUUUAAGUAUCUAGGAAUCCCUAUCGGGGGGAAUCCGAGGAGAAUAGCCUUCUGGAAACCAUUGCUGGAAACCUUCAACAAGAAGCUUCACACUUGGAAGGGUCGGUUUCUUUCUCUUGGUGGUCGGAUAACUCUUAUUAACUCAGUACUAUCCAGCCUCCCCGUGUUUUGGAUGUCACUGUACCUAGUCCCGAAAGGUAUGAUUCUUUUAAUUGAUAAAAUCCGUAGAAGAUUUUUGUGGGGGGGGUCUGAGGGAGGGAAGAGGGUUAAUUGGGUUAAUUGGGGGCAAGUCUGUAAAGGAAAAGAGAGUGGUGGAUUGGGGGUUAAGGACUUGAGGAAGUUUAAUGUGGCGUUAUUAGGAAAAUGGUGGGGGAGACUAAUGUCGGAAGGAAAAGGAUUAUGGAAAACUGUCAUUUGUGAGAAGUAUGGAAGGGUAGGGGAAUCAACUUAUAACAUGCUGAGGGGGGGAAUACAAUUUGGAUCAACUUGGUGGAGGGAUAUCUGUAGAGUGAAUCAGGUAAUUGGUGAUAACAGGGGAUGGCUUACUAAUGGUCUGAAAAUAAAUGUAGGGGAAGGGGCAGGAGUAAGUUUUUGGUGGGAUGAGUGGGGGGAGGGAGAGAGUCUUGCUAACAAGUUUCCAAGACUUUACACAUUGUCUACAGGAAAGAACAACAGCAUAAAUCAAAUGGGAGGGUGGCAAAAUGCAUCAUGGGUGUGGAAACUAACGUGGAGGAGAAGCUUGCACAGCUGGGAAAUGCAGCAAGAAUUGGAACUUCAAAGGUUGAUUCAAGAAAUCAAAAUAGAAAGAGGAAAACCAGAUGUAUGGAGGUGGAUACAUAGCAAGGACGGGAAUUAUUCAACAUGUUCAGCCUACCAAAGACUUACGAGAGAACAGGGUAGUGAGCAGCAGAAUUCAAAAAUGCAGAAAAUAUGGAACACAUCAAUCCCCAGCAAAAUCUCAGCAUUCUCAUGGCAAAUGCUUCAAGAUAAAAUUCCAACAAAGGUAAACCUGUUCAAAAGAGGUAUUAUAAAAGAGAUUGAGGAGUGUAAGUGUGACCUUUGUGGGAUGACAUAUGAGGAUACCAGCCACAUCUUUAUUCACUGUGAAGUAUCCUGUAAAUUGUGGAAUGCCUGUUAUAAAUGGUGGGGUAUCAAGACAGCACUCGACAAUGAUUGCUGGAAGGUGUUUGAACAGCAUGGCAACAUGGUGAAAACAGAGAAGGAAAAGGAAGGAUGGGAGUGCAUAUGGUUUGCCACAAUAUGGACAAUAUGGCUAACAAGAAACGGGAGGGUAUUCAAAAGAAAGGAAACAGAUAGAAGAAAAAUGCUAGAGCUGGUGCAACUUAAGUCCUUCAACUGGUUGAAAGAUAUAAGAGGAGGUUGCUUAUUCUCACUAUCUGAUUGGCUACAGGAUCCAGCAAGUAGAAAUAGGAGCAGAUGGAUAGAAGCCACCACAGCAUGCUGCAAACAGUUGGAAGGUACCAGAAAAGCCACUAAGGAAACCCAAAGCCAAAAAUAUCAACAAGGGAGGUUAUGGUAUUCUGGAAGGGCUGAGCACUGUGAAACCCGACACGGUCGUGGUGUCGACACUUUAUCAUGGUGUCGACACCAAACGGAAGAACUGAGCCUCAAUCUCCGACACGGACAUGAAGGUUUAAAUGGGCUGGUAUCCAAUGCAACUCAAAAAGGAUUGUUGGAGGGAGUCGAAGUGGGAAGUAGAGGUCUGAAAUUGUCACAUCUUCAAUUUGCAUAUGACACGAUCCUAUUUGGAGAAGCUUCUGAGAAAAAUGUCCUAGCAAUGAAAGGAAUUCUGAGAGCAUUUGAAAUAGUCUCUGGACUUAAGGUCAGUUUUAACAAAAGCCAACUGAUGGGAAUUUGUGUACAAGAGGAAUGGUUGGAUAGAAUGGCAUGGCUGCUGUGCUGCAAAAAAGGAAGUAUGCCGUUUAAGUAUCUAGGAAUCCCUAUCGGGGGGAAUCAGAGGAGAAUAGCCUUCUGGAAACCAUUGCUGGAAACCUUCAACAAGAAGCUUCACACUUGGAAGGGUCGGUUUCUUUCUCUUGGUGGUCGGAUAACUCUUAUUAACUCAGUACUGUCCAGCCUCCCUGUGUUUUGGAUGUCACUAUACCUAGUCCCGAAAGGUAUGAUUCUUUUAAUUGAUAAAAUUCGUAGAAGAUUUUUGUGGGGAGGGUCUGAGGGAGGGAAGAGGGUUAAUUGGGUUAAUUGGGGGCAAGUCUGUAAAGGAAAAGAGAAUGGUGGAUUGGGGGUUAAGGACUUGAGGAAGUUUAAUGUGGUGUUAUUAGGAAAAUGGUGGGGGAGACUAAUGUCAGAAGGAAAAGGAUUAUGGAAAACUGUCAUUUGUGAGAAGGGAAGGGGCAGGAGUAAGUUUUGGUGGGAUGAGUGGGGUGAGGGAGAGAGUCUUGCUAACAAGUUUCCAAGACUUUACACAUUGUCUACAGGAAAGAACAACAGCAUAAAUCAAAUGGGAGGGUGGCAAAAUGCAUCAUGGGUGUGGAAACUAACGUGGAGGAGAAGCUUGCACAGCUGGGAAAUGCAGCAAGAAUUGGAACUUCAAAGGCUGAUUCAAGAAAUCAAAAUAGAAAGAGGAAAACCAGAUGUAUGGAGGUGGAUACAUAGCAAGGACGGGAAUUAUUCAACAUGUUCAGCCUACCAAAGACUUACGGGAGAACAAGGCAGUGAGCAGCAGAAUUCAAAAAUGCAGAAAAUAUGGAACACAUCAAUCCCCAGAAAAAUCUCAGCAUUCUCAUGGCAAAUGCUUCAGGAUAAAAUUCCAACAAAGGUAAACCUGUUCAAAAGAGCAUGGCAACAUGGUGAAAACAGAGAAGGAAAAGGAAGGAUGGGAGUGCAUAUGGUUUGCCACAAUAUGGAUAAUAUGGCUAACAAGAAACGGGAGGGUAUUCAAAAGAAAGGAAACAGACAGAAGAAAAAUGCUAGAGCUGGUGCAACUUAAGUCCUUCAACUGGUUGAAAGAUAUAAGAGGAGGUUGCUUAUUCUCACUAUCUGAUUGGCUACAGGAUCCGGCAAGUUGUCUACAGCUUAACUGUGUAGGUAGAAGGAAAAACAAAGAAUAUACAACCAUCAGGUAG